ACAUCUGAUACCAGAUAAAAUUAAUAACACAUGUCAAACAAAAUGGACGCGAGUGACAAGUCGAUAUGCAAAGCAGAUGAAACCGAAAAAAAUCCCAACUUGGAAAUUGCACAAUUGAAAUUCCUAUUGGCAUUGCCUGAGUUUGCCGAUGACGAAGCGAAGUCGACAAGAUUACUUCAAUUUAUUCAAAGGGACAAUAUGGCGCCUUAUUAUGAGAUUGUUUGUACAGAUUUAAAAUGGGAGGUCGAUAAUUCAAUGCUGGAAGUAAUGAAAGAUGACAAUAUGAAAAUUUUGCUAGAGUUUGAUACGGAAAUUGACUAUGCGUGUAAUAAUUUGGGAUCCAUCGAUAUAAAAGAAGCAUAUUUGAAUAAGGCUUACUAUUUGAGCAAAAUUGGUGAUAAGGAGCAAACAAUCCAAACUCUUAGACAAGCGUAUGCAAAUACCAUUGCAUUGGGUUAUAAGUUGGAUAACUUAUUCCACUGUAUUCGAAUUGGGCUAUUUUUCAAUGACUUAGAACUGAUUGGGAGGAAUUUGCUGAAGUGCGACGAAUUGAUUGAAGAAGGUGCAGAUUGGCAUCACAGAAACUGUUUAAAGAUAUAUAAAGGUCUAUAUUCUCUGGCCAGUAGAAAUUUUACCUUGGCAUCAGAAGUAUUAACAAAUGCCAUAGCAACUUUUGUUUGCACCGAACUAAUUUCAUUCGAAGUCUUUAUAAAAUACGCGAUUUUAUCGGCCUUGCUGCACCUCAGCAGAAAAGAUUUGAAAAAGGAAAUUAUAACUAACCCCGAUGUCCUUCAAGCCCUCCAUGAAAAUCCGUCAUUAAAGGAGUUGGUGUUUUCCUUAUAUAAUUGUAAAUAUAAAGAUUUUUUCAACAGAUUAGCAGAAGUUGAGCUAGAGAUGCAACACGACAUGCUUUUGCAGCCGCAUUAUAAAUUUUAUGUAAGAGAGAUGAAAAUUAAAUCGUACGAUCAAUUAUUAUCGACGUAUAUUUCCUUGAACAUAUCUUAUAUGGCUCAGCAGUUUGGUGUAACAGAUGAAUAUAUUGAAAAAGAUGUCAGUGAAUAUAUAGCGGCUAGAAGACUGAAUUAUAAAAUCGAUAAAGUCAGUGGCAAAAUUCACAAUAUUUCUAGAGAAAGGAAAGCGGUGAUGUUUGAGAAAAUUAUAAGGCAUGGAGAUUUACUUUUGAAUCGGAUCCAGAAAUUUAGCAAAGUCAUCAACAUUUAAUAUGAGCAAUUAUUUAUGUAUACAUAUAUUUUGUAAUAUAUUAU